AUGGAGUAUCACCAUCCACCUGUGAUUAUUUCAACAACACCCAACCAUGUCCUCGCCCAUCAAGCACAAGAUUGGAAGAUCAUGCAAGUCAUUAAUAAUAAAAUUCGUGAUGAUAUUGUUAAAAAAUAUGCUCAAUAUACAAAACGUGUUAAUGGUGAAAUGAUUAAAGUUAUGUAUGAAUGGUUUGAACGUGGUGAUCGUCGAAAUCGUCAACAACAACAACAACAAACAUCUUAUGGUGCCCAUCGAGAUAAACAUUUUCGUCUCGAAAUCAAUAAAGAUACAUUUGAUCAAUACAAUGAUCGAUUACCACAUAUUCGACGAUUAACAUUUGAACAAUUUUGUGAGUUAUUAGCACCUAUUAUAACAGGUCAAUAUAAUGAUUUUCAACUACGUAAAACAUUCGAAAAAUUAGAUUCUGAUAAUGAUGGUUAUUUAAAUCAACAAGAAAUAGAAAAUCUACUUCUUGUUGUUGGUCGAGCUGAAUCAAAUUAUAAAAUUCAAGGUAUGGUGUCACAUUUAUCAGCGCGUGGCAAACUUAAUUUUGAAGAAUUUAAACAAUUUAUAAAUGAUGGUUUUGCUCGUGAACUUUUAAUGCCAUCCUUUGAUAAUACAUUUGGAAGUCGUUAA